GGUUCUUUCUUGUGUCGAUCUCCUAAUUAUGGCCGAAGGAUUUUCAGAAGAGGAUUAUGUAGAUGGAUUCCCUGUGUGCAAUGUUCCUAAAUGCAAAUGCGGAUUGGAGGCGAAGGUCAUGGUGUGUUGGACUGAAAAGCAUCCUGGGAGGCGAUUCUUUCGAUGUCCAAAUGCUAAGAUGCGGGUGAAUCGAUGCCCCUUCUUCAUGUGGUAUGACGAGGAAUAUGCUCCUCACCUGAAGCACAUGUUGUAUACUAUGAAGAGAUCAAAUGGAGAGCUACAGAAAGAAGGGGAAAAGCUCAGAGGAGAUGUAUUCGAGCUGAAGCAUUUGAUUGACAGAGCAAGUAUAAUUGAUGCAAUUGAAGUGGAGGACGAGCUUCUUAAAGCUGCUAACAAAAUUGAGGGGAUGGAGCUGGAGCUAACAGACUUGUAUGCUGCAAAUAGGGGACUGCAGAUGGAGAUUAGAGAAUUGAAGAAUGAACUCACAGCUGCUCGGAUUAGAGAAAAUAAUAGGGGAACUGAAGGCUUAUAAAUCAUUUGUGAAACUUGUCUUAUUGCCAGUGUACUUAUUAUCUUAUGAACUUUUUAGAAUGGUUGUUUGUAAGCUUAUGUGCUUGUUGGAGAAUGACUGUUUUAACCAUAUUAUUAUGUAAUUGAUCGUUUUAUUAUGUAACUCAACUUUUCUGG